AUCUGUUCGUGGCCAAAUGGAGCAACGUACGCCACUGGCUGCUCGUGAGAUUAUCCGCCAUGGCCAAUGGAUUCUGCUCCUCCCGUGUCGCUUUCUUCUCUCUCAUGCAAUCAAUAGUUGUUGCCGCUUCUCUGCGUCUCCGCUCUGGUUUCACCGCCUUUUCAACUACCAUCUGCGGCGGCACAACUGCCCCGCCCGCCUUGGUGCGUCACGCCCAUCCGGAAUCUGCUUUAAAGGCGUCCGAUUCAGCAAUCGAGAGUUUGUCGAUUCGCCAUUUUCUUUGCUGCAACAAGCUUCGUCCGCACGGCUGUUUCGCUUUGGUGCGGCAUGCCCUUCGCAUGUCCGAGGUUACCCCUUUUUUUAGAUUUGAUGUUGGUCAGGUCAGCUGGUUGGUAGAUUUCACCAUUUCUUUUCUGGUAAUCCAACCUAAUUACGAGUAUCGAGGCUAGGGUUUAACUUUAUCAAGCUCUGUCGUACCUUUUUUUUUAAAAAAAAAAUUGUUUACCUCAUUUUUAUAAUGCCGUUGUCAUUUUUUCUAAACAAAGAUUGAGAAUAUGCCAUUUGAUUUCUUUAGGUGGAUUGCUAUGAUACAACAGCUUACUUACAUGGUUUUGGAUGCAUGAAAUUGUGAGCCAGCGCAACAUUUACAGCAUACAUUUUAGGUUGGUCGAUGUCUGCAAUAGCUGUUACUGGACUAAGUACGGGGAAGAGGUUUCUGAUAUCUUCAUUCUGCCCGACUGAGUUUGCUGGAAAGUUUUAUCCAAUUGCAGACUACAGUUCCCUGCCAUUUACCGCUUCCUGCACAAGGUGCACCAUAGUAGCACAGGAUUCAUCGCACUUUGAGCGUAAUGUACCACCAAACAGAAGCCAACAUGUUAUCAAGGCACUUAAAAAACGUGCCAGUACUUUGGCACCUUCAACUAGUAAUUCAUGGUAUGAAAGGCCUGAUUUUGAAUCAUCUCUGGAGGUCGUCUUAUUGCUACAGAAGUCUAUGUUGGAGAAGCAGUGGGAACUGGAACUGGCUACUGUUUCUGCUUCUGAGAAACGCCAGCAGAUGCCUUUGAUUGUUCGUUCAGGGAUAUCUGCUCGUGAGAGGAGAACAUUUUCCAGGAGAAAAUAUAUUGGGUAUAAUGCUUCCGAGGUUCCUGCAAGAAGAGUUAAACAGCCUCAUCUGAGUGUUAGUUCUGAGUUACUUAAAUCUAACAGGAGUGGUUAUGUGAGGGGUACAAUUAGUGAGACCUUCCUGACACAUGCAGAGGUGGUUAGUUUGUCAACAAAAAUAGAAGCUGGUAUUCAGAUGGAAGAGCACAGGUUAAAAUUGAAGGAAAAAUUGAGAUCUGAACCAUCCGACAAACAGCUGGCUUCUUCAUUGAGGAUGUCAUGUGCUGAAUUGCACAGAAGAAUGAUUGAGUGUUCUUUGGCAACUGAAAAGCUUGCAAUGAGCAAUCUUCGACUAGUAAUGUCUGUUGCACAAAAGUAUGAUAACCUGGGUGUUGAUAUGGCUGACCUUAUUCAGGGUGGCUUGAUUGGACUACUUCGUGGAAUACAAAAGUUCGAUUCUUCCAAGGGCUUCAGAAUUUCUACUUAUGUAUAUUGGUGGAUACGGCAGGGUGUCUCACGAGCAUUGAUUAAGAACUCUAGGACAUUAAGACUACCUGCUCAUUUGCAUGAAAGACUAAUUUCCAUUAGGCAGGCCAAGGUUAAACUGGAGGACCAAGGAAUUACACCAUCAAUUAUGAAACUUGCAGAGUCCCUGAAUAUGUCACAGAAAAAAGUGAGAAAUGCCACGCAGGCUGAGAUUAAAGUACUUUCUCUAGAUAGGGAAGCCUUCCCAUACUCGAAUGGCCUUCCCGGUCAGACCCUCCAUGACUAUAUUGCAGAUAGUAAAGUCGAAAAUAGUCCCUGGCAUGUUUUUGAGGAAUGGUCGCUCAAGGAUGAAGUCACCCAGCUUUUGUACACCAUACUCAGCAAGAGGGACAGAAAUAUCAUCAAACUAUAUCAUGGUAUCGAUAACAACUGCCAUACAUGGGAGGAUAUUGGCAAACAGUUAGGUUUGUCGAGAGAACGAGUAAGGAAGUUAGGGCUCGAAGCCAUGGAGAAACUGAAGCUUGCAGCAAGGAGUAGAAGAUUGGGGUCAUUGUUCAUCAAACAAUGAGGCCACGGAAUCGUUUCAACACUUCACACUAGCUUUCGUUGUGUGUGAAAGAAAGGGAGGAACUUUAUUCUUCAGCAGAGAUUACUCAUAAAAGGUACAUCCUUGAAUGAGAUUUAAUAAAGUGGAUCGAGAAAUACUCAAUGGCUGAAGAAUUUCGUUUGUUUGAGUUGGAUAUUAAUUAUGUUUCACAUUUUUUUUAUUGUGAAAAAUAUAUAUUUUUUCUGGUUGAGUUGAGUUGAGAACACUUGAAUCAAUAGGUUUCUCACUCCCUUGAAUAUGUUGAUGCAUUUUGUAUCUAAGAGGAUGCACUCGGAAUUGAGACAAAGAAACAAAAGAAAUAGCUAGGUUUCUAUCCUCGA